GAGAGCCGACGAGUAAAAUCCACGCAGGUUUCCACGCCUGCCACAGACCCCGAGAGGGACUCAUUAGUGGGAGUCACGACGCAGGACAGUCCGUGUUGUGUUCAACUGCCGCUUUAAAGGCUCAUUUCCUGCCAUUGUCACGCGUGUCGUGGGCAGGAAGAGGGAAACGAAAGCAGACCCGCAGGGGGGAUGGAGGGGAGGGGGGGCGACCUAUUUAAACACGACAUGAUCGCGGACAUGAACACAGCCGACCGAGGACGCGAUCAUGUCCGUCCUUCCCCGCCCUGACAUGAUUGUUUAGGAGCAGCAGGUGCGUGGAGGUCCAUCCUCUCUCCGGCCCGGGAAUGUCUUCCACCAUCGAGAGGAAGACGCUGGAAGCUAACGAGGAGCCGGUGGAUGAGGUCCUGCAGAUGCCGCCUUCUUUGCUGACGUGCGGCGGCUGCCAGCAGAGCAUCGGCGACCGCUUCUUCCUGAAGGCCGUGGAGCAGUACUGGCACGAGGACUGCCUCAGCUGUGACCUCUGCGGAUGUCGCCUCGGGGAGGUGGGCCGCCGGCUCUACUACAAGCUGGGGAGGAAAUUGUGCCGCAGAGAUUACCUCAGGCUUUUUGGGCAGGACGGCCUGUGCGCUUCCUGCGAGAAGAGGAUAAGAGCCUUUGAGAUGACCAUGCGUGUGAGGGACAAGGUCUACCACCUAGAAUGCUUCAAGUGCGCUGCCUGCCAGAAGCAUUUCUGCGUGGGAGACCGCUACUUGCUCAUCAACUCAGACAUCGUCUGCGAGCAGGACAUCUUUGAAUGGACUAAACUCAACAACAACAACAACAUGGUGUAGGAAGGAAAUCACUAGACUUUUUUUUUGUGAAGACAUCUUUGAUACACUUUUUCUAGCGCCAGGCGGACUUUAAACUGUACCUCCUAUUCCCAGCAAGACCAGAGACAACUAAGACCACACCUCACCUCAUUGAUGCAAAACGUGCUGAUAAACAUGCAAUAACCUGUGCACAGAACAAUAAUGUGGCUCUGAUUGGAAAUCAGAGCAUUUGGAGCAACGUUACAGUUCAUUAACGAAACAUGUACCAGCUAAAACAUGUGUUUGUACCAAUUGGGGUGUCUUGAUCGGAUAUUCAUAGCAACUAUCGGGCCUAUAUCAACAAAACAACAAGUAUCGGUUGAUAACGGACAUAUAAAAUCUCUGAUACAAGCACUCCGGCAGCGUCUUAACAUCUAAAUGUUAAGCACACAAGCUUGAUCUUUUCUUGUAUUUUCAUCAAGUCAUGGACAAAAAGGUAAGCAUGGCAGGCUAAAGGCUACUAGCAGCUACACAACAGCUAAGCACAAAAUAGCCCAUAAGCUAGUGUUUUUAAUUUGACAAUAUUGCAGUCCCCAACAGCUCAUUAGUCAAUAUAAACAAGUAUGGAAUCAGUAUAGUUGUACAUCACCUAGAGUCCUACACUAACAAAGACCCCAAGGUUGAAGCACAUUAGAUAGUAUCCACUACCUAACGCACGGGUCGGGAACCUUUUUGGCUGAGAGAGCCAUGAAAGCCAAAUAUUAUCAGAUGUACUUCCGUGAGAGCCGUAUAAUAUUUUUUAACACUGAAUACAACUAAAUGCGUGCAUUUUUAAGUAAAACCAAAAUUUUAAGAGUAUAGUAAGUAUCUUCUUCUUUUUAAUAACAUUGUUAUUCUGAAGCUAUUUUAUUUUUUUCAAUAUAGAAUAAAAUAGUUCUUACCAUUAAUGCGACUUCUUGAAAAGGUGCGGUAGAAAACGGAUGGAUGAAUCAAAAUGCAUGAGAAUGUUUUAUAUUUUGAACCUCAUUUUCAACACUGAUUGCCAGCGGAAUUAUUCAUUACUUAUCGCUGUGUUUUUCAACCACUGUGCCGUGGCACACUAGUGUGCCGUGAGAUACAAUCUGGUAGCCGUUGGAGAUGAUCUAAUUUCACCUAAUUGGGUUAAAAAUAUUUUUUGCAAACCUGUGACUAUAAUUCAAAAAUGUGUUGUUAUUGAGUGGCUGUGCUGUCCAGAGCACAGCAGAGUAACUGUGUAAUGCGCUUCCAUAUCAGUAGGUGGCAGCAGGUAGCUAAUUGCUUUGUAGAUGUGGGGAACAUGUUAUGUCGUGAUCACAAUAUGCGGGAGGCAGCGUUUAGGUAACAAAGUAUCCAACACUUAAACCAAAAAUAAACAAAAGGAGAGUGCCGCUAAGAAAAGGCAUUGAAGCAAAACUAAACUAAAACUGAACUGGCUGCAAAGUAAAUAAAAACAGAAUGCUGGACGACAGCAAAGACUUACAGCGUGUGGAGCAGACGGCGUCCAUGGCAUGACAAUCAACAAUGUCCACACAAAGAACGAGUGCGUCCGCACAACUUAAAUACCGAUAGUCUUGAUUGCGAAAACAGAGAAAGGUGCGGAGAAAUAACAUUCAAGGAAGACAUGAAACUGUUACAGGGAAAUACCAACAAAAAAGGAAAAGCCAACAUAAUAGGAGCGCAAGUCACAGGAACACACCAGAAAACUCAAAAUAAGUUAUGGCGUGAUGUGACAGGUGGUGACAGUACACCUACAUUGAGACAAGAGCUAUAUUAAUGCAUGUGUGGUUAUGGUUUGAAUGCAUAUCCGACAAUUGCGAGAACGACUUUUUAUUGUCAGUAUCAGCUACUGAUUUUCAUUUUUUUAUGUUUUCUGCUGGUGGUUUGCCUCUGAAUUUUUUCAAUUAAAAAAAUGUGGCUUGGCUCAGAAAAGGUUGAAAAACACUGACUUAUCGUGUUAAGCAACGCCAGCUAAGAUUUAUCUGAGAGCCAGAUGCAGUCAUCAAGAGUCACAUCUGGCUCUGGAGCCAUAGGUUCCUACCCCUGACCUAACAUGUCCGCAUCAUUCAACUUACUCUAUCAUUCCCUCAAUUAAAUUAAUUAUUUUGACCACAAACUCUCCACUUCAAAAAUAUAACUCUUGUCAUAAGAUUCAUGUUUUCAUACCCACGUUUGUUGUGUUUUUCUAAUUUCGCUCAUCUUACUUUUUCUAACUUUCCACACUGAAAAAAAUAGGAGUAUGCAAUUUUAUGCCAUACUGUUAGUCGUUUUCAUACUCACCAUUGUUCGGUUUGACUAAAUUUCUUUUGAUCAAACCUUUUCUACAAAAUAGUAAAAGUAUGUAGUGAGAUUAGUGCUGAUACUGUAUGGGAUUACAAUCGGCAUUGGCCAGCAACACUCAAUCUGUAUCGAGUCGGAAGUGAAAGUCAUGUCAAGACACCCCUGGGACCAAUAGUGGCACGAAAAUACAUUUCUUUAAUAUGAUAAAAAAAAAUGCUUGAUCAUGUGCUACAUUAAUUUUAAAUGAGAACAUAUCUGGUGGCUGUUAUCAAAGAAUUGCACAUUUUUGACAUUUUAACAUGGAGUCCCCUUCAAUUCCUUCUUUUAUUCAUCUUUUCAAAUGACUCAUCUAUUAAGCAUUCCCACCCUUUUAGGCACUUUUCAUUUCAUUUCAACGUUUACACAAUAAACAGUCGUUUGAAGGAA